GUCCGCGGCCUGAAGGAUGGAGAGAAUGGAGUUCAGUCAGCCCGGACCCAGCUCGGCCACUAAUCCAGCAGACGCCGUACAAGAGCUGUAUGUGCGGCUGCUGGAGAAAGCGGAGGCAGCCGGGGGAGAGGAAUGGCUCCGUAGAUGCCUGAGCCUGUCACUCACCGGUGAAAGCAGCAGCGCGGUUGCCGGAGAAGCGCCAUCCCUGGGAGCAGCGUCGGGGACGGCGAGUCCUGGGCCGGAAGUCGCUCCGUCGCCGGUGUCUGACGUCGGCGUCGCAAGGGCCGGAAGUGACGCUGGGGCGGUGCCGGUGACCGGAGGUGACCCAGGGCCUGUUCCGGCGGCGCCCGUAGUGGAGCGGCGUUCAAAGAGGCAGGCCAGCCGGCAGAGGAAGCGCUAUGCCCCGACCGUGGCCAGCGGGGGCAGAGGACCGGGAGACAGGGGUCGGCAGAGCGGACAGAGGCGUCGGGAUGGACGGGGUCACCAGUCAGUAGCUACCCAGCGGCAGCCUGCGGCGGUAGGGGGUUCUUCAGUUGGUCCAGCAGCUCCCACCCCCCCGGCCCGUGAUGCCAGUGCGGGUUCCUCUGCAUUGCGCAGGUCUGCCCCCCCUUUGGGCGCUGGCAGGGAGCUGGUCUCCUUUCACCCCCCUGUGAAUCCUGGAUCUCUGCCUCCUGUACUUCCAGUGGCUGAUACAUCUGCUGAGCCGGCCAUGGGUGAGUGCAGCAAUGCGGGUCACAGUGCUCAGGCUGGGAUGGAUGCUUUAAAUAACUUGCCAGGUAGUCAAUUGUUAUCUGGGAUGGCGGCUUUAUUUAAUAUGUUGGCUGCCAUUCCGGGUAAUAAUACCGGGGCUGUAAAGGCUAAUGCUGGGCAGUCAUGCGCCGCAGCCUGGGUUAAUCCACCCACAGCUAGUGGGGGGGAUCCUGCGAGGUCUAGUUCCGUUUCCUCUCAGCUGUCUAGUGCAUCUGUCUUGGAUGUUGCUAACUCAGUCGUGUCUGCUACUAAUGAGAGUCCUGUUAGUGUGGUUGCCACGGUUACUAAUCCUUCUGUUUCCAAACAGGAUGUUGCGUCAGUCUCGUCUGUUUCUAAUAUUCCUGUGAUGUCCCAAUCUGUCCCGGAGAUUUGUUUGAAAGAAGCGAUUACAUGUGAGGUGUCGCCACUAGGGUACCAUUUAGCGUUAUCUGUAAAAGAAAAAAAUUUGGAAAGGUGA